CUUGGGUUAGCGGGGAUGAGUCAGUGACUACCGUGAAUAUCACGACCCCAGAGAGCUACAUGACUUGUAGUCGGAUGAAGAGCCGAAAUUUCGUGGUUUGAAAGCACAGUGUGGAUAUGUGUCUCUAGGAAAUCGAACGGAGAGGUGCCGAGAACCCAUCCCUGAUGAAUUCACAUCUCCCUUCCGACGCUGCGUCGUCCAGGCAAUUGCCACAGUCACUGCCAGACUCGGGCCUACAGAGCAUCCUCGAAACCGAAAUUCCUGGGGGCUGGGCAUUGGACGACCCCACUGCUGAUUGGAGUGCAUUGAACGAGUUCUAUUUCUGCUCAUCCGAUCCCACCAAUCUAGAUUGGCCCCAAUGGGCGGGCCUUGAAGCCAAUCAAGAUCUCACGUCGCCUUCCGGGGAGAAUCACGCAGAGCCUCAGACUGGCCAUAUCCUAAGCCAACCCUUUCAAGCUCUACAGGAUGAGGGAUCUGAAUCUGAGCCUCACCUUCGAAGCAUUGGAAAUGUUUCCCAGUGGCUUGAUGGAGCCUACCGCCCCCCAGUCCCUUGCAGCCAUUGUCGCAAACACCGGCUUCAGUGUUUGAUCUUACGUACAACAUCGGCAAAUCCGAACCCAGUCACAUCAUGUUCAAGCUGUGUAGCUUUGUUCAGAGAGUGUAGUCUUUCCAAGGGAGAAAAGCGUGUCGCUGCUGGCUUUGAGACCUACACCCCAGUUUUAGGCCAUCUACAUGGCCUGCCUGAGCACAUGGACGACAAGGAUGGAGAUUUAAUCUUUCACUCGCACUAUGGAGAGGAACGAAAGGAAUCCAAACAAUUUGUUCGAAAGGGUGCGCGAGUCUUACGAGAAUGGUUCUAUCAGCACCAAGAGUUUCCUUACCCCGAUGAUGAUGAAAAAGCCCGACUCUCUCGUGAAACAGGAUUUUCUCAAAAACGAUUGUCGACAUGGUUCGCAAAUGCUCGCCGACGGCAAAAGCAGAAAAUCCAAUCAAACAAUCUAGCAUCUGCCACCUGCGUCCGGGCCGGCUCCCCUCUUGUCACGAGCACGCUGAGCUCAAUGACUCCAAUGGAACGGUGGCAAGCAUCACCACCAGAGGAUGAAUCCGUCCCUGAAUCAGCCAUUCAAGAAGCUAUCGCUUCUGGUGCUGGUGAUUCCGACGCUCUAAUGGACCCGUUCCAAUUUGACCGCUCUCCGGUGGAUCUUUUCAACUUCGACGAGACAUCUUCUCAUCUUACAUCAUCUAUCUCGAGUGUGGGAAGUAGGGUCUCGGAGACUUCGGGCAGUGUUUCGUCUGCAUGGAGCUAUCAGUCGGGUGGGGAAGGGGGAAGAAGCUCAUUUCCACGACUCCCACAGACAAGGAGACCUCGUCGCCGUGGGCAUUCACGCCAGCAAUCCAAUGGGGAAGAAUGCCAAUAUCAGUGCACUUUCUGCACGCAGUCAUUCAAGAAACGACAUGAUUGGACCCGGCAUGAAAAGAGUGUACAUCUUCAAUUGGAUUCUUGGGUAUGUACACCGAAUCUCAUCGAUUUACAGCAACAAUGGAGUGUUCAGCUGGUAGGCUGCUCCUUUUGCAAUACACCGUUCCCAUCCCCUACUCACUGGGAAGAGCAUGAAUUCCACAUCUGUGCCGCGAAGCCUAUAGCUGAGCGUUCAUUCAGCCGGAAGGAUUAUCUGUGGCAACACCUGCGAAAGUUCCACGCUUGUACUAAGCUCCCCGUUCCAGACCUUGAUGCCUGGCGUGGUACUGGGACAAAUGUCCCAAGUCGGUGCGGAUUCUGCGAGAUUAAUAUGCCUACCUGGGCCGUUCGAACUCAGCACUUGGCAGAGCACUUUAAGAAUGGGGCACGCAUGGAUCAAUGGGUGGGUGACUGGGGCCUAGACCCGGCGACCAUGGGUGUUCUGCGGAAUGCCGUUUUGCCAUCUCAGAGGGUCAUUGCCAGUCCCUCCACUUGAACAUAUAGCUGCUAUCUCUGCAUGUAGAAAUAUAAAGGCAAUGCAGCCGCACUGGCACGCUUUGCCGUACGAAAUAUUCGAUGAAAGAAGGCUCCGAGCAAUGGUAAUUCUCGUAAUAUCCUGGCCAUAUGAACCUAGGAGAGGAUAAAGGGUGCAGCGCGACCAAGAGCGCCACUACCACCCUGCUUGGUAAAAAGACUUGGUCAGUUAAGGAUGAGUUGAAACGGGUAUACUCGAAUGGAUAGAAUUGCUAUUUUGCACCGAACUGAGCUUCGAUUCAUACAGGAGGGAUUUACAAUUCGUAUCGUGAGGUCAAAUAUUCAUGCCACGCUAAUUAUGAAUGAUUCAGAUCGAGGUCCUACUAAGCAACAUUCUGCCACUCGCGGUUAUACCAAGCACCCAGACCAAGCGCAAACAGCACGAGACUUCCAUCUCGAACAAUGUCCCUGAAUAGCUGCACCACCAUCCCAAGCCCCGCUUGUUUUCCACCGAACAGGACUCGCCCGCCAGUAAGGACCAUCUCGCCAGUAACAAAGAUCAAAAACGGGUUUUGUGCCGUAGCAGGCUUGGGUGGUGGGCUACCGAAGGUCGCAACCGACGUCCCAAUAAUGAACAGUAGAUAGAUGGCCACCCCAAGCGCGAAAACUGCAUGUAGGCCCUUCCAUAUCCGAAGAGUCUUCUGUUCAUUCUCGGUCGGCUGUUGAGAUGCUCCGCCCAGCAUGUUGGCGAGGAAUGGCGGCACGCCGAGUGCGGAUGCGAUGGCAGCAGGGGAGAGUCCUGGCGCCGACUGGCCAGGCAUAGCGCCGGCGGCGUCCGGAGCACCCGGAGCACCUGGAGCACCUGAAAAACCGGGUGGGGGUGCAUUGGCAUCACCAGGCAUGGCACCCAGGAGAUUCUCCAGCAGCUUCAGUGUUGGGUCCUCCACAUCAUUCUGUUGUCCUUGAUCUGGGGCCACCUGGCGCAACAUGGCACGGAAAGCUUCCUGUUGGGCUUGGAGAGAUUCUGCGAGCGGCGUAUCUGGUUGAGGAGCUGGCACUGGACGGCUCUGUGGUACGGGAGACGGGGAUGGCGAGACCGCAAGCUGAGGAGAUGGUGAAGCUUCUUCGCG